AUGCAUGAGGUGGGAGGGGUGAGCAGAGGAGGCGGUGACAGAUGGAGAAUCAGUGUGUGAGGCAGAGAGAGGACGGAGCGAGAGACCGAGACAGAGAGAGAGAAAGGGAAAGGAAGAGAGCAGCUCGUAUGAAGGGAUGAGCAGCGUUGUCCUGUUUUCCGCCAGUCGAGUGUGGUGUGUGUGUGUAUGUGUGUGUGUGUGCUGCUUCUCUCUUGUUGUCUGGGAUGCUGAAGGCUUGAUGGAGGUGGACAUACAACCCAGUCACCCAGCGCCGCCGUCCUGCCCGGCCACCCGGCUGCACUGACAGAGCCGCGCACGUUACCGGGGUCUGCUGUGAGACGACGCAGUGGAGACACACACACACACCCAGUGACCACACCAGUCAGCGUCCUCCGCCCGGCCGUCAGGAGAAGUGUCCAGCCAAUCAGGAGAGGUGAGGCCCGAGGCCGGCCAAUCGCAGGCGGAGAAAUGUCGGGGCAGGGCGGGUCCGCGGCCCCGGCUCUCGUGUCCUUGCUGCUGCUCCUGUGGCACCGAGCGGCGGCCAUCGAAGUCCCACUCGACCCAAAGAUCCAGCAGGACCUGAAGCAGCCCCCCACCAUCACCAAGCAGUCGGUGAAGGACUACAUUGUGGACCCCCGAGAUAACAUCAUCAUCGAGUGUGAGGGCAAGGGCAACCCCGUGCCAGCGUUCUCAUGGAGACGGAACGGGAAGUUUUUCAACAUCGCCAAAGACCCCCGGGUGACGAUGCGGAAGCGGUCGGGCACCUUGGAGAUCGGUUUCCGCAGCGGAGGACGGCCGGAGGACUACGAGGGGGAAUACCAGUGCUUCGCCACCAACGACUUCGGAACGGCUCUGUCCAACAAGAUCCUGCUCCGGGUCUCCAAGGCUCCCCUGUGGCCGAAGGAGGUGCUGGAGCCCGAGGUGGUGACUGAAGGCUCCUCGCUGGUUCUGCCCUGUAACCCCCCGCCGGGACUGCCCCCCCCCAUCACCUUCUGGAUGGACAGCCUCAUGAACCCCAUCCCUCAGGACGAGAGAGUGUCCACGGGACUGAACGGAGAUCUGUACUUCUCCAACGUCCUGGUCCAGGACGCCCAGACAGACUACAGCUGCAACGCCCGCUUCCUGUUCACACACACCAUCCAGCAGAAGAACCCCAUCACCCUCAGAGUGCAGACCACGGAGCCGUUUAACGACACGUCUCACAAUGCCUCUGACCCGUGGGGUGGCAGGAAAGUAGCAGAGUCCACCCCGACCUUCCUCUCACCCUCGGGGACUGAGAGCGCCAAGAUGGUGCUGCGAGACGAGCAGCUGCAGCUGGAGUGCAUCGCAGCUGGACUCCCCACCCCCACCAUCAAGUGGUUCAAGAAAGGUGGAGAGCUGCCGCUACGCAAGGUGAAGUUUGAGAAAUACAACAAGGUCCUGCGGAUCGUCAACGUGUCGGAGGAGGAUGCCGGGGAGUACGUGUGCAUGGCCAUCAACCACAUCGGCAGCAUCCGGCACUCCAUCUUUGUUCAGGUCAAAGCGGCGCCGUACUGGCUGGACAAGCCCACAGACCUGGUGCUGGCUCCAGAUGAGAACGGACGCCUGGUGUGUCGGGCCAACGGAAACCCCAAGCCCAACAUCCAGUGGCUGCACAACGGGCUGCCCAUCGAGAUGGCGAUGCCCAGCACCAACAGGCAGGUCCUGGGAGACACCAUCCUCUUCCGCUCGGUGCAGAUCGGAAGCACCGCCGUGUACCAGUGCAACGCCUCCAACGAGCACGGCUACCUGCUGGCCAACGCCUUCGUCAGCGUCCUCGACAUGCCUCCCAGGAUGCUGGGUCCCAAAAACCAGCUGAUUAAAGUCAUCAAGAACAAGCGCACCUUCUUGGAUUGCCCCUUCUUCGGCUCCCCUCUGCCGGAGCUGCGCUGGUUCAAGAACGGGCAGGGCAGCGGGCUGGACGGCGGCCAGUACCGCGCCUACAUCAACGGCACGCUGGAGAUCAAGCGGGCGCUGGCGGAGGACGAGGGCACCUACACCUGCGUGGCCAGCAACAUACUGGGCAAGGCGGAAAACCAGGUCCGCCUCGAGGUCAAAGAUCGGACUCGUAUCGUUGGAGCUCCGGAGCAUCAGACCUCCAUCAGAGGCUCCACGGCUCGUUUCGUCUGUCAGGUGAACUCUGACCCCAGCCUGCCCAUCACGGUCACCUGGACCAAGGACGACAAGCCGAUCCACCUGGGAUGGAGGCUGAAGAAGGAUGGCGAGUCGCUGACCAUCCCCAACGUCAAUGAGGGCGACGAGGGAUUGUACACGUGCACCGUAGCAUCAGAGAUAGACCAGGACUCGGCGUCGGCCCGCCUCACGGUGUUAGAGGAAGCCUCCCUCCACCCCUCAGUCUCUAGUGCCUUGCCUCCAGACCGUCCCGACCCGCCGAUGGACCUGGACCUGUCGGACCCGGCGGCCCGGAGCGUUCGUCUCACCUGGAUUCCGGGAAAUGACCACAGGAGUCCGAUCACAGAGUUCCUGGUGCAGUUCGAGGAGGACCGCUGGGAGCCGGGCAGGUGGCAGGACCUGGCCUCCUUCCCCGGGGAGCUCAACUCCGUCAUCCUGCAGCUCGCCCCCUUCGUCAACUACCAGUUCAGGGUCAUCGCCAUCAACUCGGUGGGCCAGAGCCAGCCGAGCCGGCCGUCGCCGCGCUACAAGACCAGCGGGGCUGCCCCGGACGCCAUCCCCAGAGGUCUGCGAGGGUGGGGCUCCAAAAAGGACAACAUGGAGAUCUCCUGGGAGCCGCUGCUCGACCUGGAGAGGAACGGUCCCAACCUGCACUACCAUGUGUGGUGGAGGAGGAAGGACUCCGGCGAGCCGUGGAGUAACGUGACCACGGCGGACUCCAAACACGUGGUCCAGAGCACUGACACCUACGUGCCUUACGAGAUCAAAAUCCAGGCCAGGAAUGAGUUUGGAUCCGGACCAGAGUCCAACGUGAUCACUGGAUACUCUGGAGAAGACAAGCCCACCGAGGCGCCGGCCGACCUGCGGGUGUCCAGAGUGGACAGCACCAAAGCGAACAUCCACUGGAAGCCCGUCAAUCUGAGCUCCGUCCAGGGAGAGUUCAAAGAGUACAGACUGUACUACUGGAGGGAGUCCAGCCUGGUCCCUGGUCUGAGCUUCAGUAAGGAGAAGAAGACCAAAGGCUUUUACAGCACGGUGGCCGAGCCGUCCGCCAUCCUCAGCGACCUGGUCCCUUUCUCCAAAUACAAGAUGUUCAUGGUCGUGGCCAACAACCGGUACGAGGGUCCGCCCAGUAACACGGUGGAGAUCACCACCAAGGAGGGAGUUCCUGAUGCUCCGAGGUUCUUCAAGAUCAGCCUCAGGAGUUUGGACACCAUCAGCCUGGAGUGGGACAAGCCUGUGGAGCCCAAUGGCAUUCUGAUCGGAUACCAGCUCAAGUACCACACAGUGAAUGGUUCCAGGUUGGGUCGCCCUCAGCUGGAGACCUUCCUUCCCAAUGUGACGGACUUCGCCAUGCGGCUGUCGGGCCGCUCCACCCGCUAUAAGUUCUUCCUGUCGGCGCUCACCCAGGUGGGCGCCGGGGAGAGCAUCGCCGAGGAGCUGCCACACUUCGCCAACGAGGAAGACUUUACUGAAGCUCCACUUCUAGUCGAGGUUACCGACGCCUCCUUGGCUACUGCUUUCACUCCUACUCCUCCUCCUCUUGCUCCUCUUCCUCCUACUACCAUCGCUCCUACAACCAUUAGUACCCCAGCUGCUACCACUCCUACAACAGUUCCCACCACCACCACUGAGGCCGCCACUGAGGCCACCACGACCACCACGCCUGCUGUGCUGGUCACCACCAAGCGUCCCGGUCAGACAGUAUUGGUGGUCCCUGGGCUGGAGAUCUGGAAUCUGACGGUGGAGCCUAACAGUAACUCCGCUAUCGUCAGCUGGAGACACAGCUUCCCGGCCAGCAGCAGCGAGUUUGUGAUAGAGUUCACACUGGACAGUGACAAGACGGUGACAAAUGUACCGGUGAAACAGUCCCCCAUAACUGUGACGGAUCUGAUCGCAGGUGCCACGUACCACCUGAGAGUUUAUUCGCAUGAGCUCAACGGCAUCACCAGCAAAAAUUUCACCUUUAAGACCAAACCAGCCUACAUAGACCAGGUGGACAUCGCCACUCAGGGCUGGUUCAUUGGCUUGAUGUGCGCCAUCGCCCUCAUCAUUCUGAUCCUGCUCAUCGUCUGCUUCAUCAAGAGGAGUCGUGGCGGCAAAUACCCGGGUGGUGGAUACGUGACUGCUAUCGCAAAAUAUCUGGUGCGUGACAAGAAAGACCUUCCUUUGGACCCAGUGGAUCAGAAAGACCAGGACGGAUCCUUCGAUUACCAGUCCCACUGAGCUCUGCCGUCUCGUUCUUCUUUCUGAAGAACCAGUCUGUGUUUUCUCGACCUGCAGUCCUCUUUACUGACUAACCACGUGUUGAAUUAACGGCCUUUCUGAGUGUGAGCUGGUCUCCUGCUAACCCAGCGCUGCAGAGCAGAGUUUCAUUAUCCCGCUCUGAUCCCACCGUGAAAAGACGGCUGGGUAGCAGCCGAGUCUUUUCUGGUUCCAGACUAUCAUGAGAGAAUGGACUAACGGCGAGCUCGCCCUGUUAAUGACUGACACACCCGGCGUCACACUCAGACGUCUCUGAGUGUGACAGAGGCGCCCAGCAUUGAUUAUCACCUGAGUGUGUUUAACACUGUGAUUCAUCCACCUCCAGUGUGUGUGUGUGUUUGAGUGUGUGUGUGUGCUUGAUAGAUCCUGUUUUCUUUAUUAAUAAAGUGUAACAUUAACACAGAAGCCCGGACUCCAUCCUCAGUUGUGUGUGUGUGUGUGUGUGUGUGUGUGUGUGUGUGUGUGUGUGUGUGUGUGUCCUCUCUCCCUCCUCUCUCCCUCACUGUCCUCCCAUGAUUCCUCAUGUCCUUGUCCUCUCUCUUCCCACCGCUGAAAUGGGUCGUCUGUCCCUGACAGGAACGAAAACGAGAACAGGUACUUUG